AUGAUGAGCAGAAGGGCUGCUUCUGCAAUAAAUCUGAUUCAUGGAAGAGGAUUUCUCAAUCGAUGGUCGCAUAAAUCGGGUAUUAUCUCUCCUCCAUUCUCUCUCUUCUCUUCCAAGGCUUUUCAACGUAAGCGGUCCAGAAUCGAUUUCAGUUGUGUUAAAGAGCUUGACGAUGCUAUUGAAUUAUUUCAAAAAAUGAAGAGUAUGCUGUUGGAGCCUUCUGUUCUCGUGUAUAAUAAACUUAUGAGUGUUAGUGUAAAGAUUGAGCAGUACUCUUUUGCCCUUUAUGUGUUGGAUGAAAUGCUUAGGGUGGGUGUCCCUGUUAAUGUUUACACAAUGAGUAUUGCUGUCAACUGUUGUUGUAUCUUGAAAGAUACAUGCUCUUCAUUUGCUAUAAUGGGCUUCUUUUGCAAGAGUGGUUGCGAACCAAAUGUCGCGACUUUCGGCACUCUGAUUAAAGGGUUAUUCUUAGAUGAUAAGGAGGCCGAAGCCGUGAAAUUGUUCGAAAAUUUUCUGGAUUUGAAACUGUGUGAGCCUAAUGAUGUUAUGAUUCUGCACGUGAUAGAUGGGCUGUGCAAAGUUGGACAGGUCAUUGCAGGCUUGCCGCCCAUGAUUGACUUCAUAGAUUAG